CUCCUUUUUUCUCUUAUAUAAACACAACAAUGGGGAAUCAAUGCUUUUCUGACAAGAAAGAAUCUCUUCCAAUCAACACCACAUUCAAGCUUCCUGCUAAUAUACCAGUUUGGCCACAAGGUGGUGGAUUUGCUUCUGGAAUCAUUGAUCUAGGAGGGUUAAAAGUCUCUCAAAUUUCAACAUUUAACAAAGUGUGGACAACCUUAGAAGGUGGACCAGGUAAUGCAGGAGCUACUUUCUUUGAGCCAGCAGGAAUACCUGAAGGGUUCUUCACAUUAGGCCACUACAGCCAACCCAACAACAAACCACUUUUUGGAUGUGUUUUGGUGGCAAAAGAUGAGUCUUCAUCUGAAAAAGGGGUUUUGGAGAAACCACUUGAUUACACACUUGUUUGGAGCAGCAAGUCCCAAAAGAUUAAGCAAGACAAAGAUGGCUAUGUUUGGUUACCAAUAGCACCUGAUGGCUAUAAGGCCUUAGGCCAUGUUGUCACAACCACACCUGAGAAACCUUCCCUCGAUAAAAUUAGGUGUGUGAGGUCAGAUUUCACAGACCAAUGUGAGAAACACUCAUGGAUUUGGGGACCAAGCAAGAGUGACGAUGAUGAUAAAGGUUUCAAUGUGCAUGAAGUAAGGCCAAGCAAUAGAGGCAUUCAAGCACCUGGUGUUAUUGUAGGAACAUUUUUGGCCCAUAAUGGUGGCACUCCUAGCCCUCUCCCUAUUGCUUGUUUGAAGAAUACCGACAUGAACUAUUCAUCCAUGCCUAAUCUACCUCAAAUUCAGGCACUACUCCAAGCUUAUUCUCCAUUCAUGUACUUGCAUCCUGAUGAAAAGUUCCAACCAGCUUCUACUAAAUGGUAUUUCACCAAUGGGGCAUUGCUUUUCAAGAAAGGGGAAGAGUCCAAACCACUGGCAAUAGACCCAACAGGCUCUAACCUCCCUCAGGGUGGGGGCAAUGAUGGUGCCUAUUGGUUGGACCUUCCUUCUGACAAAGCCAACAAAGAGAAGGUCAAGAAAGGGGAUUUCAAGAGUUCUCAAGCUUAUGUUCAUGCCAAGCCCAUGUUUGGUGGAUCUUUCACUGACCUUGCCAUGUGGGUUUUCUACCCCUUUAAUGGGCCUGGAACAGCCAAAGUUGGGCUCAUAGAUGUUCCACUGGGGAAAAUAGGAGAACAUGUUGGGGAUUGGGAACAUGUCACACUAAGGGUAAGCAACUUCAAUGGAGAGCUAAAAAAGGUUUAUUUCUCACAACAUAGUAAGGGUCAGUGGGUUGAUGCUUCUCAACUUGAGUUCCAAAAUGGAAACAAACUUGUGGCUUAUUCUUCCUUGAAUGGUCAUGCCAUUUAUCCAAAAUCAGGACUUGUUCUUCAAGGCCUUAGUGAGGUUGGAAUAAGGAAUGAAACUGAAAAGAGUGACAUGGUGAUUGAUAUGGGGGUGGAUGUUGAAAUUGUUUCUGGGGAGUAUUUGGGAUCCGCAGUUGUAGAACCACCAUGGCUAAACUAUUUCAGGCAAUGGGGUCCAAAAAUCACCUAUAACAUAGCUGAGGAAUUAGACAAAUUGGAAAAGGUGUUCCCUGCUUUGCAAGUGCUUGAAGAUGGUUUACCAAAUGAGCUGUUUGGAGAGGAAGGACCCACAGGACCUAAGCUCAAAGGAAGUUGGAGUGGUGAUGAAGUUUGACUUUUGAAAAUCUUGGUGCCAUUAUUGAGACCAAGC